ACUUGAUUAUUUUACUGAGAGAGACCUAAUGAGUGGAGAUAAAGAGCAGGCAUCAGAGAUAGCGAUACAAAACACUGGCUACAUAGCACCAGAACAUGGACAACCAGGAAGCAGUGGCACAAAGAGUGACUUAUGCACUGGGAGUGCUACUCUUGGAACUGUUAACAGGAAGGAAAGCAUUUGACAGUUCACGACCCCGAGGAGAACAGCUACUGGUGAAAUGGGCAUCAACCAGACUUCAUGACAGGCGAAGCUUAGAGCAGAUGAUUGAUGGAGACAUAGCCGGCACAUUCUCUUCAAGAGUCGCCUCACAAUACGCAGACAUUAUCUCCCUAUGCACUCAGGUCGAGAAAGAGUUCAGACCAGCGGUUUCAGAAAUAGUGGAAGCACUCACUGCACUGAUACAGAAACAGAACAAGGAAGCAAGCAGUAGUGUAGCAGACAAGACCGACCCUUUUAAUACUUUACUGUCGAUAUAA